AUGCGCCUCACCAUCUUCCCCAUCGUGCACGCCUCAACCGCGCUCCCAGCCCCCGACUUCCCCCCAACCCUCCUCUCCCUCUUCCUCCUCACCGAGCGCCAACUCGACGCCCUGGCGGCCUACUACUCGCAAACCGCAGGCGCAUGCCACCUCAGGCACGCAUACCCGGCAACCAUGAACUGGAGCCACCCGUUUCUCGACACGAGCGAGGAGCUUCCUGGGGAUUGCAAGCUGGAUGCGCUGGAGAGGUUGAAGGUCAAGAUGCGCAUGUUUGCGCGCUUUGUGGGCAUGAGGGGCGCGGACACGCCUAGGUGGGAGUAUGAGCGGCAGAUUGAGAUUUUGGGGAAUAGGGUCAGGUGGGAGGUUAGGAGGGGUGAGGAGGAGGAGGAGGGGAAGAGGAGGGGGAAGGUGUUUGGGGGGCCGAGGAGGUUGAGAUGA